AUGGAUUUUAGAUCCAUCCCGUGUGUCAUUCUUGGGUAUAGCUCCUCUCACCGUGGAUACCGGUGUCUUGACUCCACCUCUGACAAGGUUUACAUCUCCCACCAUGUUCGCUUUCAUGAAACCUAUUUUCCCUUCUUGAAACCUAAACCUAUACCACCUAUACCCCCCACAUCCGACCCUUACAUCUCGAUGUAUCCUACUCCUACGAUACCGACACAUCACCACCAAACAAUUCACCACCAGCAGCCACUAAACCGUCACCUCAACAAACCCCCAUCUCACCACCUACUAAUCCCCCUACGGUUCCGUUGGUGGCAUCACCUACUACCCCCUUACGCGUGUAUUCUCGCCGACGACCUACCGAUACUGCUCCGGACCCAACAGCCUCCCCGGUUCCAUCUGAGGCUUCCACUGAUGCCACUACCGCUCGGGUUCGACAUCCUCAACUUCGACAUAACCCAAAACCUACAACCCGGGUAUAACUAUUCAACAACUCUUGAGUGUGCAUUGAAGGUGAAAGAAGUGGCACUUAUGCACAGUGAAGGGAUACUUGCUGGUGAAAUGAAACAUGGACCCUUGGAUUUAGUUGAUGAAAACCUUCCAAUUGUUGUCAUUGCUACUUGUGAUCAAUACUUCAGAUCAUCUGAUUCCUUGAAGAUUAGAACAAAAAGCACGGAAUCUCUUAUUAUCUUCAGAGAACUUGCUUCAAAUUUGCAAGGCUUCCAGCUACUCUCUGAUGAUAUUGAUAUCACAAUGUCAGAAACAGAUGUUCAAUCUGAUGAUGAUAAGCUAGAAGAACUUGUGGUUCAUAAGGUUAAAUGUUUUGCAGAUGACUUAAAUAAUACUGUAUUGAAGCUUCCGAUGAUCUAUAUGAUGGAUUGCAUAGAAAAUGACUGUAGUUCACUACUCAAGUCAUCAACUAAGAGGGAUCUUUACCCAUCUCUGCUCUUAUAUCCAGCAGAAAGGAAGGAAUCAAUCUCUUAUGAUGGGGAAACAUCAGUAUUUAAUAUCAUCAAGUUUAUUGCUGAUCAAGGUGGUGAUUCUCAUUGGAUUUACAAGGAGCGAGGUAUUUUAUUGACUGAAGCUGAAAAGGGAGCAUGGAAUGAGAAACCAUUUAAAGAUCCAUCAGAACCUGUAAUAAUGCAUGAGGACAUUUCACUCUAA